UUGGUUGAUAAACAGGUUGACCGUGACAACCGCCAUGAUGGUGGCUCUUGAAUUUUUUUACUUGUGAUUAUAUUUUAGAAUUUUAAUAUGAUACACGUAGAAGGUAUUAUUCUUUGUUAGGAGUCUUGUAUAUUGUUACAGAUUGAAAGUUCAGAAGGGAACCAAAGUGUGAUAAGACGAUAAAGCGAUCACUGAAUGAUUAAAAAUUUUUUUAAUGUAAUUUUGUUCGUUAAAAUUUUCCUGUGAAUAUCUUGUUAAAGCGAGCGGUUUCUAUAGCGAUGUGUUGGACAUUAUCAGCUGAUUAGCGGAUGUGACAUAUGGUCGUCGUUGAUUUUAUUAGAUUAUCUGCCAUUUACUUUCCGUCGUAGAUUGUACGUGGCCGUUAGGUCGUUACAAGACCGCGAAGUUCCACGAGGAAAUAUUAUAAACUGUAAGUAAUAAAAAUAUAUAUCACUUUAUAAUAAAUGCACGCUUCAUAAUGUAACAAACUUACUUCUCACGCGUAAUAUUAUUGAAAUUGCUUUAAGCUUUCAAUGUUACUGACUGAUAUAAAUAAUUGUUGCAAUAUAGUCACAUAAACAACAAGCUUUCUUACUUUAUAUUUGCACAUUAGAAAUGUAAAGAAUCAUAUAUUAUUAUCGUGACAGACCAUCUCGACAGUUAACAAAUAUGAACUAAAAAAUGUAAUAGAUGAUAUUUACAAGAUUAGAAAUAAGUAAUGAAAAGCAAAGAAUUAUAUACUCAUUCACUGUGCUUAUUUCGUACGCCUAGUCACGAUUAACCCGUUGUACAUUGCAGAUAGACGGCUCAGAUAUUACAUAACAAAACAACAUAAUGCACACUCACAUAUUACUUAAUCAAUAUUAACAUUUAUAAUAAUCCAUUCUCUGCAUCAUUGAUGAUGAAACAGACACAUAUUUAACAUUCCAAUUUUUUUCAGAAAAAUAUCCGCAUUUUUAAACAACAAAUUGCGUUAAAAGUUCGUUAGAAAAUUGAUUGCAAAUUCAGGGCCCGCUCGCGAAUGAUAAUCUCAAAGCGGUGUAAUCGUCCCAAAAACCUCUAAUCUUCUAACAAGGCGGCUACAUCGCCAUGGCACGCGUCUAAUGCAUACACGAAGAGUAGAGGGGGAACGCUAGAGGUACCCCUCGAUGGUGAUUAUGGGGUGAACUCGCUCGGUGCCCCAUAGAACCUCACGGUGGCCCUGGAUUGGUGGAGGGGGCGAAAUACCCCCGGGACGGUAUAUAUGUUCUAAGAGCCCCUUGCCACAUGCACAGUACCAAAUUGUACCCCGCCUAGUCCGCUCGUCGGUGAAUUCUUAUUUUCUCAUUUCUCGUUCGGUCGGCGCCCCAUAACUACAAGUUUCCAUUAACCGCGUAACAUUUCUUUGUAUCUUUUGGAAGUGCGGUUUCUACUCUCUUGUGUUGUGUCCAUGUGUUUGUGCCAUUUUGGGGAAUAUACUGCUUCUAGUUUGUUCACAAAUUUAAAACAGCUGAAAACGGGAUAUCGGCAUGGUACGUGGAAUUCCGUUUCGCUAAAUUUUCAAGAAAUUGUUUUGUGUUUAAAUUUACAACUACGUUGACAGUAAUUAUAUUGUGGCCAUAAUCGCCGUACACGUAGUUAAUAAUAUAAAAGAAAUAACGUAAAAUUUUGCUUAAUUACAGCAAGACACAACGAUGUCUUCAGAGUACCAAUUUUGCAGCGAGAGGGGCUUCGACGAAUUAUCAAGCUCCUCCGAUUCUGGUUUCGACGUGAGUUUCGAGUCACCGAAACAUGAAGUACCAACUGACUCGCUCUUCCCUCCGGCUAAGGAAGAAAAGCGCAAAAAAACGCGGAACACUCGUUGCAAAAGUCCCACGCAGGUGCUGAGGCUGAAGAGGAACCGGCGGAUAAAGGCGAACGACCGCGAGCGGCACAGAAUGCACACCUUGAACGACGCCCUGGAACGCCUGAGGAUGGCCCUACCGACGUAUCCGGAAGACGCAAAGCUGACGAAGAUCGAGACGCUGCGCUUCGCGCACAACUACAUCUGGGCGCUGUCGCAGACUCUGGGCAACUCCGAGAGCGGCGAGAUCACGGUGAACGUCGGCAACGUGACGGUCAGCAUCGGCGAGAACGGCAACAUGAUCACCUCGUCGUCCGGAAGUUGCGCGGUGGCGGCCCAGAAGAGGCUCGGGCCACAGCACACCGCAGCGGGUUUUCCGUAUCCUCCUCAAGAGCGUUUCAUCGCGCCGGACUGGCAGGAAUAUGAUUGCUACAGCGAUCAAAGCGUCAGUCCGCCAAUGCAGUAUCAGCCCUGCUACGAUCAGAGGAUGUACCAGAUCCAUCGUCCUCAGCACCAGCUGCCCCCGCCGCCUCAUCAUCACAUCUCUCAUCACAACAAUAUGUACCAGUGUCUUUAGAUGUCGACGGAAUGUGCGGAUUACGCGUUCAACACGUUAAUUCUGAUAAUUGAGAUAGUCGACUGCGUGUAUUCGUAGACUCAGCUGAGCUCUAGCUAAACUCUGGCUUUUCAUCUGUCCAUGUUAUUAAUAAUCAGUGCUACGAUGCAGGAAGAGGCAGAGAAGUAAGCUGAUCCCCUUGUGGCAAUUUUAUUCUAGAGUUAAUCGGAAAAGGAGACCACAGUCGACAUCAAGAAAGAUGAAGUGUUUUUCUCCGAGAAGCUGAUGUGACUGUAAAAAGAAAGAACAGUGUUCUAUGAUUAUCGUUAUCUACUUUAUAAGAGAGUAUUUUAUUCGAGUAAAAUAUUAUCGAAUCGUUCAUGAUGCCUGUGUGUGAAUGUAAGCCGAUUGAAGCGGUACUUUGAUCUCGCUUUCGAAACCUCAGUGGAUUUUUCCGUGCUAAUUUUAUAUUAUAAGUAGCUUGAUUUAACGUUUAGUGCAGAAAAGAAAUGGUCGGAUCUGCUAUUGAAGAUUUAAUUUUAUGCAAUUAAUAAUUAUGGAUAUCUUACGUUAUGAAUAACGUGCUACCUGCGUUCCUUUUGUUCUAGUCAUCAAUAUUCUUUUAGUUGAUCUCGGACUCUCGAUCUCAUUUUUUGUUUAGCAUAUCUUGAGCUAAACUUAAGUUGAUUGAAGAAAUAUAUAUAUGUAUACACUAUGUCCGCCAGUGCUCUUACCGUAAUUCGGAAUUGCCGAUUUAGGAAAUAUAUAUUGUACAUAAUUUAUACUUUAUCAAUAAAAACAUAUUUUACCUAA